AUGGUGAACCCAACCCGCCCCUCCCUGCCCACCCCUGGUGACCCAACCAGACCUCCUGCCUUACCACCCCUGUGGCCCACCCCCUCCUGCAUCCCACCCCUGGUAGACCCAACCCGCCUCCUGCCUUACCAACCCCUGGUACCCCACCCGCCUCCCUGCCUCCACCUCUGGUCGACCCACCCGCCGUCCCGCCGUCCCACCCGUUUACUGGUUACCCAACCCGCCUCCCCUGCCUUAACCACCCCUGCCAUCCCACCCCUGGUGACUCCAACCCGCCUCCCUGCCUCACUUCCCACCCCUGUGCCCAACCCGCCUCCCUGCCUUACCACCCCUGGUGACCCAACCCUCCUCCUGCCUCCCUGCCUUACCCACUCCUGGUUGACCCAAACCCGCCUCCCUGCCUUCCCACCCCCUGGUGACCCAAACCCGCCUCCCUGCCUUCCCACCCCUGGUGAACCAAAAACCCGCCUCCCUGCCUUUAUACGCACCCCUGGUGACCUAAACCCGCUCCCUGCCUUCCCACCCCUUGUGGACCCAAACCCGCCUCCCUUCCUUCCCACCCUGGUGACCCAACUCGCCUCCCUUGCCUUCCCACCCCUGGUGACCCCAACAACCCCCUCCCUGCCUUCCCAACCCCUGGUGACCCACCAACCCGCCGCCCCUGCCCAUUCCCCCCCUGGUGACCCAACCAGCCUCCCUGCCUUACCACCCCCUGGUGACCCAAACCCCGCCUCCCUGCCAUCCCACCCAUGGUGA